CAGCACAGCAGCCAGCAAACAGCUGUAAACAGGGGAGUUUCACUGGGAGUUUACAGGGGGAGUUUUCAGGGGAGACCUAGACCGUGGCAGAAGAACCAACAGGACUGUACCAUAUUUUCCCGCCACUAAAGACAGGAAGGGACUGAGCUCCCAGCCGAGUGGCGCAGUCCAUCCCAGUGACUGUGUGCGUGGCUCAGGCCUGCCCAGCACGUUCUGCCCGAAGUGACGAGCGAGGGAAGGAGAUUCCAUCGAACCCGCUCCAGCUCCUGGACUCGAGUGGACGUGACAGGAGGUGAAGAUGGCUCCAUCCGGGUUGAAGGCAGUGGUGCGUGAGAAGAUCUUCAGCGUUGUCUUUCGCAGCGUGAAGAAGGAAGGAGAAUGGAAGGUGCUGAUCAUGGACCACCCGAGCACGCGCAUCCUCUCGUCGUGCUGCAAGAUGUCCGACAUCGUGGACGAAGGCAUCACACCUGUGGAAGAUAUUGAUAAGUGCCGGGAGCCAAUCCCCAGCCUGGAGGCCAUCUACCUGCUCAGCCCUGUGGAGAAGUCGGUGCAGGCUCUGAUCAGUGACUUCCAGGGCACCCCCACCUUCAACUACAAGGCGGCUCACGUCUUCUUCAUCAGCCCCUGUCCUGAGCCUCUGGUCAAGAAGCUGAGGAAGUCACGGGUCACCAAGGCCAUCAAAACCCUCAAAGAGAUCAACGUGGCCUUCCUGCCCUACGAGAGCCAGGUGUACUCCCUGGACAGGCCACAGACCUUCCACAUCUGGUUCAACCCCUACCGCGCCUUGGAAAAGAACAAGGAGCAGGAAAUGUUGGCAGAGCAGAUUGCCAUGUUGUGUGAAACCCUGGAGGAGUAUCCAGCCAUCCGCUACCGGAAGGACCAUGAAGAGAACUUCCACCUGGCUCGCGCUGUGCUGGCCAAACUCAAGGUGUUCAAGGAAUACGAGCCCAGCAUGGGAGAGGGCCCCGACAAAGCCCGCUCUCAGCUGCUGAUUGUGGACCGGAGCUUCGACCUGGUGUCCCCACUGCUGCACGAGCUCAGCUACCAGGCCAUGGCCUACGGCCUGCUCAGCAUUGAGAACGACACCUACAAGUACGAGACGACGGGGACCAGCGACUCGCAGGAGAAGGAGGCGCUGCUGGAUGAAGAUGACGAACUCUGGGUGCAGCUACGCCACAUGCACAUCGCUGACGUCUCCAAGAAGGUGACGGAGCUGCUGCACACCUUCUCUGAGAGCAAGAGGCUGACCACGGACAAGGCCAACAUCAAGGACCUGUCCCAGAUGCUGAAGAAGAUGCCCGAGUACCUGAAAGAGCUGAACAAGUACUCCACACACCUGAACCUGGCUGAGCACUGCAUGCGGCACUUCAAAGGAUCGGUGGAGAACCUGUGCAGCGUGGAGCAGGACCUGGCCAUGGGGACGGACAGGGAUGGGGAGAUGAUCGAGGACCCCAUGGAGAUCAUCAUGCCCGUCCUGCUGGACCCCAGCGUGCAGGCCUAUGACAAGAUCCGUGUCAUCCUGCUCUUCAUCUUCCUGAAGAACGGUAACACCACAGGCCUGCAGGGGGCAGCACUGGGGGGCCUGCUGCUGCAGGGGACGCCCCUGGAGGCAGUGCCCAGUCUGUGCGGCCAGGGGCGGCUCUAAGAAUUUGGCCGCCCCAAGCAGGGCGGCACGCAGCAGGGGGCGCACUGCCGGGCGCCGGUCCCACGGCUCCUGGUGUUCUCUUGCAGUCAUGCCUGCGGGGGG